CAGCGCUAUCCCAAUCCUGCGCUCCGUCAGACUGCGAGUGCGAGUGCCGAGUACUGCGACUGCGCUUGAAGUUAUUGUUACAGUAAUAAAUUACUUAUGCAUUCAGCCUGAGAGUCAUGAAAAUGAAUCUUGAACUUCCCAUUACCCAAAACUCUUCGGAUCCAAAUGAAGAUGGUCUGAUAGGUGCAGGGAACCUGACAUUGUCCUGGCAUAAUAUUUCUGUUUGGGUGAAGAAAAAGAACGAAGAGAAGAGCUCAUGGCUUCAGCAGAAAUACCAAGAUGUUAGAAUAAUCAACAAAGUGAGUGGUCUAGCAGAGCCUGGGUCUUUGGUGGCGAUUAUGGGGCCAAGUGGAGCAGGGAAGACAACAUUGUUGGCCACCAUCAGUCAGCGGCUUCAAGGUGAUGUUUACGGCCAGAUUCUGCUCAAUGGAAACCAGGUGACUCAACAGCUGAUGACGAGAGUGUCAGGCUUUGUACCACAACAGGACCUGACUCUGAAGGGCCUCACUGUCCUCGAGCACAUGCAACUCAUGGCUAGAUUGAAGAUGGAUCGUCGUCUGAGGACGUCCCACAGGAACCGAAGAGUUUUGACACUCAUCAACGAGCUUGGUUUGGCCAAAUGCAGCACUACCAGGCUGUCGGCUCUGUCAGGUGGAGAAACCAAAAAAGUCUCACUUGCUGUUCAGAUGCUGACAGACCCUGCGCUGCUGUUCUGUGAUGAGCCGACUACAGGUCUAGACAGUUACAACGCAGGCGCUGUGGUGGAGAGACUACGCAGUCUAGCAGUGAGAGGCAAGACUGUAAUCUGCAGCAUCCAUCAGCCUACGUCCGGCAUUUUCGACAUGUUCCACAGUGUCAUACUGCUAGCGCCUGGAGGAGAACUGGCUUACCAGGGCGACCCACAGCACGCACUACAACACUUCAACAAUUUAGACAUUGUUUGUCCCACUUCUUAUAACCUGGCAGAGUUCCUAGUGUCACAACUAAAUGUCACCGACCAGCCAGAGUCUCAAUCCAAGGUUCAAAGAAUAUGUUCCAAGUAUCUGGAGUCUGAGGUUGGAAAAGAGCAUGAGAAGAAACUUGAGAAAUUGAAAAACCGCAAGAGGCACAACAACAUACUAGAAGUCAGCAACGGUGUAGCACACUACGGAGAAUUGGAGGACGAAUUUCAGAAGUAUGUGAAUAUCCAAACGCCGAAACUCUUUACCCAGCUUUACUGGCUUGUUUGGAGGUCAUUUGUUGAAAUAUUCCGAAACCCCCAGGAACAGCUUCUACGACUCGCCUUCUAUAUGUUCAUCGCACUGCUGAUAUCCACUCCAUACACAGGUCUAUCAGUAGACCAGGCUGGUAUACAGAACAUGCAGGGAUGCUUGUACCUGGUGGUGGUGGAAACUAUCUUCACAUUCACCUACAGUGUGUUUCAUACAUUCCCAUCAGAGAUACCUGUGUUACUGAGAGAAAUAGGCAACGGACUGUACACUCCUGGACCUUACUAUGUCUCCAAGAUGAUAGUUCUGCUGCCAAGAGCACUGAUAGAGCCCAUCCUCUACUCUGCUACUGUGUUUUACAUUGCUGGACUGUUUGGUGGAGUUACAGGCUUUAUACAGUUCUGUGUGCCAAUCAUCGCCUGUGCCAUCACUGCCACUGCAUGGGGUUGCUUGAUAUCAGCAAUGUUCGAAUCUGUCUCUACUGGAUCAUUAGUCUCAGUACCAAUAGAACAAGUUUGUCUACUAUUUUGUGGUAUCUUUCUAUCAUUGAGCGAUGCGCCCUUACACCUGGCUUGGAUAAAGUAUAUCUCGAUGUUUUACUAUGGCUUGGAAGCUGUCUCAAUUUUGCAAUGGACUAGGAUUGAAGAGAUCCCUUGUUCGGAGAACAAAAAUGUUCCUUGUAUAUCAACUGGUGACGGAGUACUGGAAAACUACGGCUACAGUGCUGCAAACUACAGAUUGGACUUGCUAGGUCUGGGGGCUUUGUACUGCGUAGCUCACAUAAUUGGCUUCCUGGCGUUCAAGAAAAGAAGCAAAAAGCAAGCUGCAUAUUGAAGACUUCAAGAGUUUAAUUAAACCAUUUUUAAGAGUACAUUUUAACUAUAGUUCAAUCUCUAUCCGUCUCAAAGGGUGCACAUGUAACAAAAUGAAAAUACUCAUUGAAUGACAGUCUUAUGACUAAAGUUUACAAUAUAGAUAUUUAUAGUUUACUUUUAUUUAAUUUGUCUGAUACCAUAAUACGUAGAUCUAGAUACCAUAAUACAAACAGCUUCCGGUUGACCUUAAAAGCUGUUUAAGUUUUCAUCCAUGAAUUGGUUUCACUGUGUAAGGAGUUUAGAACAGACUAUAAAGCAUGGCUCACACUAGGGCUGUGAAUUGACACAUGGCAUCAGCUGUGAAUUGAAAGAAGCCGCUACUGUCAGCUUAAUGUGACCACAAAAUUUGCAGCUGACACCGCCAGCCGGUGAGCGUUUGUCAGCGGCUGGCAAAGUCGGACAUGUUCAACUUUUGGUAGCGAGGCAGCGGUGACUAGUGGUCACGUGUGCCAGCAGCGACAAAAGAUAAUUUUCAUCUUGGUUUUACACAAAAACACCUGUCUCAAUUUUUUCAAUUAGAGGUUUAACUAAUUGUAGCAAUUCUUGGAAUGUAUGUGGUGACAUUCGUAAAACAUUUUUGUAUGUUUCUGAUUCAUCUUCUUUUAGUUUUUGCAACCAGCUUGUUUGGACCAAUGCCCAAAAAAAAACUUGACAUGACAUGAGUGGACUGUAUUGGGAAUUUACUAGUGACUCGAAGGUUUGACAUAAAAAAUCAAUAUGUGGUCAAUACAUUUAUUUUACUCUACCUUUUAACAUUUGGUUACAUGUACAUCAUUAUUCUUACUAUGGUACAUAUUAUCUGGCCAGAUUAGUAUAAUGAUUUUACCAAUUAGUUUUAUGUUUGAGGCUUUGGGAAAGGAAAGAGAUGGGAAGUGACCAUAUAGUCUUUAGAUUUGUAUUUAAAUUAUAUACAACUAGUGUACAUGUUGCUCGAACUCGAACAAUUGAAAAGUAUUACAGGAGUUAUUUCAAAACGAAUAACAGUCAUAUUUACAAUGAGUUUAAAAGAGUCAACUCAAAGAUUGCCGGUGUGUAACCUAUAAAGUCAAUGGUGUAACUCAUGAAGAUACUCACGAUGUAUAUAACAGUAAUCAACAUUUCCUGUAAAUAUAAUAUCAUAUUUCAUAGCCUGGUAAUGCUUUUUAAUGUUUUCUACAAAAAUUUACUGACUUAUAGCCAUAUAAGGUUGUCCAUGUUUAUCUUCGUUAUUGAUAAACCUAAAGCAUUCCGGCCGGUUUUCUCCUUUUCUUCUCAAAAUGCCUCGCUGUACAGGCAACACAGGUCAUUGAUAGAGGGCCAAUUAUUGAGAACGAAAAGUCGUUUUGGGGUAGUGUUAGGGUGCAUUUGUAACCUAAUAGUUGAAAUUGUCUAGGUCAGGUGCUGACUGUGAUGAGUUAAGCAUGCACAAAUUUAAGUUACAAUCAUGCUAACACGAUCCGACAUAGCGACACAAAACAAAGAUAAAUACACAAAUUUAAGAUACAGCCAUACUAACACGAUCCGUCUUGGGGGUUAUGUUGACACAAACUCAAAUAGUAAAUAAAUGUACUCAAUGCGUUUCAUUGAAUUGACAAAUAAAUAACAGCAAUUAAAUUAUUAUUAUACAGCUGAUCAAAGUGUAAGCAAUUAUGUUCUCCAUAAGGAUAACAUGGGAACUUUAACAGCCACUGGGGCAGAGCCCAAGGGACUUUUUCAAAAAUGUAAGGCCAGUUUGCAAAUCUACGCGACACGCUCUUUCCAAUGAGACGUCAAUGGGUAAAAUCGGUUAAGAAAUGGCGGAGGAGUUCAACCGACAAAGUUUCAUGUAGCGUAAUAAUUAUAUAGAUAGGGAAGAACUCUGGACAUGUUGCUUACUUCAAUUCAUGAUUGUAAAAGGAGAAAGUGGAUAUACCUCCCCCAGAUAAAGUAGUUUUAAAAGUCUUCCACUUGAUGGAAGCACUAAUCGACACACUGAACCACACAAAAUAGUUUGCUGAUUUUCCACUAGAGUUCAGGAAGAAUAUGUUUUAAGGAUAGCCCAAACAGGCUUGAAGAAGCUCCUAACUGUUCCUUUGUUUGUAUCCAAGGUCUGGUCCACUAACGCCUCUUCUUGCAGUUAAACAUUUUUAAAAAAAGUUCUUUCUCUUUCACACACAUCCUCAAUAAUCGAUUAAGUACUGGUUUAUGAGGACCCAAGGACGAAAUGGGAACAAGAACUGAGCUUUAAACUAGGGGAUUAAAAGCAGUAAUUCUUAGCGUAGAAAUUACUGAGCUUAAGUGGUCGGGGAAGCAGGUUAUUGAUUUCUCAAAUUUAUUCCAAAACUAUGCGUGCUUAUGGGACGUUUCUUCAAAGAAGUAGGAACGUGAGUUUUAGGAACGUCAAAGAAGCAGCUUACUGUAAAUUGUUGCAAAACCUCACAGCUUUUCAUUCUCACACAUCCUCAAUAAUCACUUAAGUAUUCGUUACGAGGUCCCAAGACGCUGAUCACUAGCAGCUGACAAUCUACCUACUGCGACCCAUGCAAAAGCCGCUGCUUGGUGGUGCUGGUGCCAGUCGCUGAUCACAAGCAGCUGGCGAGCAGCCUAGUGUGACCCGUGCUUAUGGAGGGUAUCAGCUACUUAAUAACAUGAGAGCGAAUAAUGUGUAAGUCUAUUCUACAUUGGCACUUUGCAGGGGAAAAACAUUUCAUACAUGCCUCGUUAGUGCAUGAAUGGACUAUUCCCUAAUACAGCAAGGUGUUGCUGAUGAAUGCUACAUUGCUAUGGUUUGUGAUUGCUAGUUUUCCUUUUAGCGAAUUUCCCAUAUAGGGAAUAAGCUAUUACCGUAGUACUCAUGGUAAGACCUGGACGCGGGACCGAUUUUUUUUUUCGAUUUGAGGUCCCUAGAGGCCAAAAACACCAUCCGUUCAAAUUCAUAUAUAUA